AUGGCAGACAGCGUGUAUAACAUCGUGUGGAGCAUUGUGGAGCGGGAGAAGCGUAGGCGGUGUACUCUGAUAGAGCAGCACAACGGGUUGCAGUGUUCUGUGAGGGCCAAGGGGUCUCAGCUGCUGGAGAUGGAGCAGGCCAUGAAAGCCCUGGAGCUGGACUCCAAUAUGGACGGAGACGAGCAGCACUUCGACCAGCGUGUGAGAGAGCUGGAGAACAGUCUAGAAAAGAUGACCAUCAAAAUCACAGAGGCUGAGAGGAUCCAAAAAACCUACCUGCGAGUCUGCGACCACCUACAUCGGGAGGUGCGUGAGAUGCCCAUGGCUCUGGAUCAGCUGCAGAACUCAGUGGUCAGCGGGCAGACAGAGCUGGGAAAGGUGGCCCACAUGUCUCACACUGCAGUGGCUGCUGUGGACUGCACUAAGGUUCGAAGAGGGACUAUCAGAGAGGGACUGGCUGAAGAGUCGGCUCAUAUCAGAGCCCAGCAGACCGCCCCUGUCUCCACUACUCCCCAGUCCAUAGUCAAACUGGUGGAGGAUAUUGAUGCUCUGAGAGAAGCUCUCAGCUGCACUGAUCUGCAGGAGCUGGAAACACGGCUGGUCUCUCAGAAGGCCAUCAGGGAGCAGCUGCACAACCAAAUGACCCAGUGUGAGGAGCUGGUCAGGCAGAGCAUGGAGACAUUUGCUGCCUUGGAGCUCCAGUACGCCCAGCUCAAGUUCAGCGCUGGGCCCAGCUCUGACAGGUUUGAGCGGCUGAAGGAGGAAAUGCAGGCGGAGCUUGAGCAGGAAGAGGAGCGUUGCAGCCAUUGGGAGGACAAGCUUGCAAAGGCCCAAUCAGUGCUACAUGGGGUGGAGAAGGGUGUCAACAACCUGUUCUUCAGGAUGAGCUGCGUGCAAGUGAAGGACUCUCCCAGGGAGUUGGGGGGUCUGGAUGCAAUAGAGAAGCUGAGGGAAAUCGGCGCCCGUCUGCCCACACUGCAGACCACAGCUUCAGAGAAGACCGAGGAAAACACAGCUGACCAUGAGAAGGUGUGGAGCUUCCUGGAGCAGAGCACAAUGAUGGAGCCCAGGAACUACAAGAGGGCCAGCAGCCCUGUGUAUGACAGUACCUCAGAAGAUACAUUCCAGUUCCGCGGUCAGGAGGAGGACUGCUCCAUGUCCCGCGAUGAGAUCAAGCGUCGCAGCAUCCAGCUGAUCGAGGUGCACCAGCCAAAGAAGAAAGCCCAGAAGAGCAACACAAAGAGCUAGAGACAAGCUCCAGCGGUGGCCCUCUCUAUCCUACAGGGAGUAAACCUGAGGAAAUAAUAAACAGGAUCAUAGUAUGAUUUUACUUUUUUUGUCUACUUUAUACCAGAGUUUGUUACAGCUAUGAUUAAAGUAGAACUGACAGUGUUUUAGCUACAUGAAAUCAUAUUAUAAUCUGUUCAUAUACAUCCCCAGAAAGAAUGACACCUUUCGUGAUAUCCAAAUGGUAGUUAGUCUUGUCCCAUCCCUGCAACUCCCAACUUCGGAGAGGCGAAGGUCGAGAGCCAAACGACCUCCGAAACACGACCCUGCCAAGCCACACUGCUUCUUGACACACUGAUCACUUAACCCGGAAGCCAGCCAAACGAAUGUGUUGGAGGAAACCCCAUACAGCUGGCGACAGAAGCCAACGUGCAUGCGCCCGGCCGCCACAAGGAGUCACUAGAGUGCGAUGGGACAAAGAUAUCCCAGCCGGCCAAAUCUUCUCCUUACCCGGACGACGCUGGACCAAUUGUGCGCCGCCUCAUGGUUCUCACUGUCCCGGGCGGCUGCAACACAGCCCGGGAUCGAACCUAGAUCUGUAGUGACUCUAGCACCAAUCAGUGCUAUAGACCGCUGCGCCACUGGGAGGCAUGGGACACUUUAAAAAAAAAUGUUUUUUUUAAUUUUCUGACAAACAAGCACUUCGAUAUGGUAAUUUUCAUAAAUGUAUAGAAUGUUUGGGAAUGAUGUUUUGUAAGGCUUUUGCGAAAAUUCUAUAGCAAUACAGAGUGGGAAAGCGGCUGUGCAUUUGGACAAUUAAUAGACUGCAGUAAAUAAAACCAUCUGUCUUGUCCAGGACUGGAGUCUACACAGACCGGUGUGCCAUAGCCAAUCAGAGCUACAGUAGGCCUAAAUGCAAAACAAGCCCUUUGCCACAUGGGCCUGCCAUCAUUCACUUUAAACUGGACUGUGUAUUUACAGGCAGUAGUAACAGUGUGACAUUAGAUUAGAAUGCAUUCGCCAAAAGCCACUAAAUACACCUGAAUGGAUUUCUGCUAAUAUGUAAAUACCACUGGAGUCCUCUUACAUUUGGGAACAUUACAGUCCUAUUGAUCAAACAACCAUGAAAAGGUAGGCUCUCUCUCCCUCCGUUGUGCACAUUAACAACAACAAGAUCAACAACUAAUGUUAGUCAGGACGAGAUAAGCUAAAAUCUAACGAGGGAACAUUCAGUGAACCUUUCAAACUUUAACUAGUUGGCUGUUAAUAUUGCACGAAACAAUGGGGAAUAGUAGCUUGUUCAUCCUGCAUGCUUGUCCCAACCAAUGUUUUGACAACAGAAUGGGAACAUGCCUGCCUGCCCGCCCAUUCGAUCGAUGCCAAAUACAUUUGAUUGACAACUAAGAGAUAUGCUAAUUGUGGAUAACAGUCGUUCAAGUUCAGCAUAGCUAGCAAGCAAAGUGAUUCACAUUUCUUGCUAUCUAAAACAAAUGAUACAUUGUAUCUCUAUCUGUAGCCACCAAAACAUGAUUUGAUUGGAGUCGGUCACUCACCCCCUCCUCUAAUGACAUGGCAUCCUCCCAGCUGCUAGCUAGCGAGAUAAUAUUAGGCUGUGUUUUUAGCUUGCUAAAUAAAUAGCUAGCUACAUAAAUAGAUAGCCCAGGGGUGUCAAACUUAAAUCACCGGACAGACAAUAUUGAAAAAACAACGAAUUUGCGAGCUCGAUAUAGCCUAUUUGUUUUUACAAAAAAACUCAGAUGCAAACUGGCUUUUGUUUUAUUAGAAGAAAAUGUCCCAUUUAUCAUUUCAAUUUAUAGGAUGAUGGAUAUAGCAUUUUAACGUAUUAAAACAAGAGAGAAAUAGUAUUUGUCCAGCCUUUGUUACUAUGCUUGCAGAUGUUCACAAUAAUUCUGUGAGUAGUCAGUCUAAGAUACUACUCAAACGUUGCUGUAAUAGCCCUUCAUGUUUCUCCUUUGCAUGGUGUUUUGUUGCAGGUUUAGUCUUUGGUUAUUCAUUGUCAAGCUUCAAAAACCCUCUUAAGGAUCGGACCCUUUUUUUCAAUAUUCACCUAAAAUGACAUCUAACUGCCUGUAGCUCAGGGCCUGAAGCAAGGAUAUGCAUAUUCUUGAUACCAUUUGAAAGGAAACACUUUGAAGUUUGUUUAAAUGUCAAAUUAAUAUAGGAGAAUAACACAUUAGAUCUAGUAAAAUAUGAUCCCCAAUCCUAAAAAACUAAGAUUAUUUUUUUUGUACCAUCUUUGAAAUGCAAGAGAAAGGCCAUAAUGUAUUAUAAUGUACAAACCUGCCUCAGUUCCACCAGCUCUGUCAGGAGGAAUGUGCCAAAAUUCACCCAACUUAUUGUGGGAAGCUUGUGGAAGGCUACCUCAAACGUUUGACCCAAAUUAAACAAUUUCUACGGCAAUGCUACCAAACACUAAUUGAGUGUAUGUAAACUUCUGACCUACUGGGAAUGUGAUGAAAGAAAUAAAAGCUGAAAUAAAUAAUUCUCUCUACUAUUAUUCUGACAUUUCACAUUCUUAAAAUAAAGUGGUGAUCCCAACUGACCUAAGACAGAGAAUUUUUACUAGGAUUAAAUGUCAGGAAUUGUGAAAUAAUGAGUUUAAAUGUAUUUGGCUACGGUGUAUGUAAACUUACAACUUCAACCAUACAUGACAAAUUACAGAACAGUAAUAGACAACAAGAAAUAAAAUAAGUUAUAUGUAGGAAAGAGACAAAACUAGUAUUUACACACUUCAUAUACAGGACAAUUUAAUAACAUCUUUAGAAAGAGAGGCACUGUGGUGUUGGUGUGUGAAUGGCCUUUUUAAGAAACAUUUUUUAACCUUUAUUUUACUAGGCAAGUCAGUUAAGAACAAAUUCUUAUUUUCAAUGAGGGCCUAGUGGAUUAACUGCCUGUUCAGGGGCAGAACAACAGAUUUAUACCUUGUCAGCUCGUGAUGUGAACUUGCAACCUUUCGGUUACUAGUCCAAUGCUCUAACCACUAGGCUACCCUGCCUCCCCAUGAAUGACUUUGUGCAAGUUGACAUUGAGUGACCAUGACUUAUGAUACCCACGUGAAUGAUGUCUAGGAUCCAAGCAUUUACGCUGCACAGUAAUUGGCUUGAUAUGUUUUUUUAUUGUUGACAUUUCUGUCUUCCAUGGCAGCGUGUGAGAGAGCUGGAGAACAGUCUAGAAAAGAUGACCAUCAAAAUCACAGAGGCUGAGAGGAUCCAAAAAACCUACCUGCGAGUCUGCGACCACCUACAUCGGGUCUGUAACACUAUUACAUUCACAAAUAUCAGCCUUUCUUUGUGGACAUUGAAUUAAAUAAAAUUGUUAACAUUGAAUUCAAGUCUCCUUUGGGAG